AUGUCUCUGGCUAACCGUGGUCUUUGGGGCCAUCUCUGGCUGUUAUGGCUUGCCCUACUGAUGCUCCUAGGGGAAGCAUACGAGAGCAUCUCCGACGAUACCCUGAAAGCGCUGCCACGGCCGAACAAGGACUUCGAUAUCCACAAAGGUGCUCUCUUGUCCCCCAUCCUCAGGCCUCGUGUUCCUGGCACCCCCGGGUCGACUGCUGUGCUCAACCAUUUCGCCGACUUCUUUCGCACUACAUUGCCAAAAUGGAAGAUCCAGUUUCAGAAUUCCACUGCAACAACCCCGGUAUCGAAGUGGAAGGAGGUUCCAUUUGUCAACUUCAUUGCCUCGCGUGAUCCCCCUUGGGCUCAUGUGGGUGAUGUGAGUCGGUUGACCUUGGUCGCGCAUUACGACAGCAAAUUAGAACCGGAGGGAUUAAUUGGGGCAAUUGAUAGCGCGGCACCUUGUGCUAUGCUAAUGCAUGCCAUGCGUAGCAUUGAUGAUGCUCUUGAGAAGAAAUGGGCUGCCAUGAAGAAGCAAGGUGUGGAUACAUCACUAGAGGAGCAUCGAGGAAUUCAAGUGGUCUUCCUGGAUGGUGAGGAAGCCUUUGAGACAUGGACCGAUGAGGACUCCCUCUAUGGGUCUCGAUCUCUGGCUGCAGCGUGGGACAACGAGGCAAAUCCAGCAAUGUCCUCGUUCAAGACUCCGCUCUCGUCGAUCUCCUUGUUCGUUCUGCUCGACCUGCUUGGUGCCAAAACGCCGGUCAUCCAGUCGUAUUACGAGACUACCCAUUGGGCUUAUCGAAACCUAGGAUCCUUGGAGCGGCGCUUCCGGUCACUGAAGCAAUUCAAAUCCUCGUCGACCGAGCCGUGGCUGGUUGAUACCUCCAAAAAUGAACAUGAGCUCAAACCCAUGGGUGGGAUCCAGGAUGAUCAUCUCCCAUUCCUCGCGCGGGGUGUGGAAAUUCUUCACCUCAUUGAUUUCGCGCCGUUCAAAGGCUUCCCCGAAGUUUGGCAUGUCAUUGAGGAUGAUGGCGAGCAUCUGGACCUGGAUACUGUCGAGGACUGGAGCAUGCUCAUCACGGCUUUUGCCGCUGAAUGGAUGGAGCUGGAGGGUUAUUUUGGCCACUCCGAUCUCGCUCAGAAACGCGAGGACGAGGACACGGAGGAAGAGGCCAUUCGCUUGAACAAAAAGACCGAGUUGUAA